AUGACUGUGAGAAAUGUCACAGUGGUCGUGGAAUUUAUUCUUCUUGGACUUUCUAGUGAUCCAAAAACUCAAGUUGUUCUUUUUCUUAUCUUUCUGUUUUGGUAUAUGAUCAUCUUGAUUGGAAACAUACUUUUUAUUAUUCUAAUUUUAACAGACACCAAUCUUCAUACACCUAUGUAUUUCUUUCUUUCAAACCUUUCUUUUCUGGAUCUCUUUUAUUCAACUUCAACUGUACCAAGGAUGCUGAGGGAUCUGAUGUCAGUGAGAAAUGUUAUCUCCUAUGCUGAGUGUGCAACACAGAUGUACAUGUCUCUCUCCUUUGGAGAAACUGAGUGUAUUCUUCUAGCUAUUAUGGCCUAUGAUCGGUAUGUAGCUAUAUGUUAUCCGUUACAUUACACUACCAUUAUGAGUAAUAUGGUCUGUGUCAGAAUAGCUACUGGUACAUGGCUAUGUGGGUUUCUCCUUUCUAUUUCUCAUGUGGGUCUUACGCUGAAUGUAGAUCUUUGUGGCAACAAUGUAAUUAAUCAUUUUCUAUGUGAAGUACCAGAAAUCCUAUCUCUGUCAUGUGAAAAUAUUAUCUUAGUUGAAUUCAUUAUUUUUGUGGUGGGUGUGAUCAUUCUUAUGACUCCUGUCACAUUUAUUGUAGUGUCGUAUAUUAAAAUAAUAUUAAGUAUCAUUAAAAUUGCAUCAUCAAGUGGUCGAAUGAAAGCCUUUUCUACAUGUGGGUCUCAUAUGAUAGUUGUUGCAAUAUUUUAUGGUUCAGCUAUGGCUGCCUACAUGAAACCUAGAUCAAGUUCAAUACCAGGAACAGAUAAAGUGAUUGCCAUCUUUUAUGUAAUUGUACCUCCAAUGUUGAACCCAAUGAUUUAUACUCUUAGAAAUAAUGAUGUUAAAGUGACAUUUCUGAAAUUUAGAAAUAAAUAUUUUCAUUGCCAUUGA